CUCGCUGGGCUCGACGACGUUGGCCGCACAACAUGGCCGCCAAUGCCGCCAACACCGACCCGCUCUCGCACUUCUCCUUAGCGUUGGCCGCGCCUGCAGACUCUAAAGAGCAGGCCGACCUACUCGCCACGCUCCGCGACUCCCUGGAGGGCCACCCGAGCUUGCCAAUACUCUGCUCGACACUCCUUAAGACCCUUUCGGGUGCGGGGGACUCGCUUCUGAAGCGAUGGGUGCUCGACCUGCUUCAUUUCGCCAUCUGCCGGUCCAACCUGAGCAUAGAUGCGCGCACACAAUUGGCGGACCAGUCCCUCGAAGCACUGGUUGGGUUGCUCAACGACCCGAACCUGAACACAGUGAAGGUUGCGAUACAAUGCUUCCCGACCGUGUUCGCUUUGAUGUUCCGGAGCCUGUGCUCUAACCGGAAUAACCGCCGCCCUUGGGACAUCCUCACCCAAACGAAGACGAGGAUAAUCGAGCUCGUGUGGGCACCGCACACCAACAGCGGUGUCCGCCUCGCCGCCCUCAAAUUCCUGCAACGAGUUAUUCUGGUCCAGACUCGCGGGAUCAACGACCCCAGGUUGCAAAACAAGGAUGAUCCUAAUCUGGCCAUGUGUCCCACGGACCACCCAUUUAUCUCUGUGCCAGUCCUGGAAGCCGAGGGGAUGAAGUUGCUUGAAGGGGUCGUCAAGCUGCUUUACACUAGCGCCGACCCGAAUGUAAUCUCAGCUAUCAUGAACAGCUGGGCGAAUUUGGUCAAGCGACGUCCCGCCCUCAUGGACCUAGUGGUAUCCAGUAUCAUGCAUUGGUCACCCACUCAUCUCAAAAGUCGCCCAUAUCUGGAUGUACGGAGUGUGGAGAAAAGUAUCCGGAUUCUCCUUACGCAUAUAUCGCGAUCACCUCAAGGCGCAUCCUACGCAGGUCUCAUCCAAGCUGUACUCCAAAGCCAGGCGGAUCGUAUGGAGCGCGCUGCAACAGAGGAGAAGGCUCGCAAAGCAGCCGCCGCAGAGGCCUCGCGUAAGCGGUUAUCUACGACUACACCUGUUGUCGACGCUCCCGACUCCAAACGACCCAAGUUGCAACACGAGGCCGCUCCUGCUGGGCCCUCCACUGCCGCUACUGCCGCCGCUGCUACUGCGCCUAUCUUCGACUUCAGUUCUUUGCCUGCAACGCUCGUUACGGACCUGAUUGUCGCCAACUUGCAAGCAUUCACAGACAACGCUCUUUUGGGACUCGUUCAAGCACAUCGACAUAAGAAAUCGGGUGGCGCUGCAGCAGUCCCUGCUGUCUCUGCGACCCCACCGCCAUCUGCUCCAUCUGCUCCUGCAGGCCCUUCACGCGCGACCCCUCUGGCUACUGCGACACCCCCGCCAACCGCACCUCGGGCAUCCUUACCGCCCUCCGAACCUCGUGCCGACAGGAAACUCAAGUCUGCUACCCCGCCUCCACCCCCACCUGCAGUCGUCAAGGAAGAGCCGGUGGACCCGCUCAAGAUGGAUAUCGACGAUGAGGAGAUCGAGUAUGAGCCCGACAAGCUCAACCUGGAGAUGUCUGGAGAUGCAGAGCCUAUCGACGAGGCAGAGGCAGCUCUGGAUCACGAUAUGGACGCUGCAGAGGUCCCUCUCACCGAGUUCAAGCUGCCGACGCCCCGAGAACUGGAGGCCGACGAGCGGGACGAACUUGUGCGUAAGGCGAUCGCGCGAAUACGAGAAGGCGCAAAGGAGCUGGCCUCUCAUGAGCCUGUAAUGGAGGUCGGCGACGGGCCACGCUCCUCACCUGGGGAGAUGUGGAUGCUCCUUCUCGUACGGAUGGUGACGCGCGUGAGCGACCCUAACGUGGACACGGCUGAGGAGGAGGAGCAAGACAACAAGGACGAAGCCGGUGCAGUGGUGCGGAGGUCCGAAAUCUAUGAUAGGCAGAACCGUCUGAGGCAUGCGCUAUGCGACUACAUCAUGGCCGACUUUUCCGGACGAGUGCGGCUGGCGACAACGUGGAUGAACGAGGAGUGGUACAACGACCGGAUACAAAGGCAACAAGACCGUGAAUGGCUGCCCAACUACGAGACUUGGCUGAACCAGAUCGUGGCUGCAUACCAGGUACACGCAGACGGCAAGGAUAGGACAUUCUCACGCUUCUUGCUUGAUCUCCCCCAAGUACCACAAGAUAUUCUGACCUUGCUCAGGGAGUCUUGUGUCGAGCCUGACCGGCGACAGAUGGGGUUCGCAGCACUGAGAGAGUUUGUAGCUCAGCGCCCUUCGUUGCGUCAAGAUGCGAUGCACAUGCUGCUUGAGCUCACCACACAUCCCGAUAAGAUCACCCGCGGCGCGGCAAUCAACACAGUCAAGAGGUGGAUCCCAGAUGGGCAGCCCAUGGCGGACAUGGUCCGAGAUUUCGCGCUGCAACUCCUGCGGCGGUUGCAGUCAAGACCUCAAGCCGUCAAAGAAGCACCGCAAGCGCAGACACCUGAGAAGGAGCUCUCAGAGAAAGAGCAAGAGAAGGAGGUCGAGAUCGAAACCGACAAAGAAAAGCCGCAGAGUCCGAUGGCGAACGGCGCUGAUCAUGAUGAGAACAUGGAAGACGGGCAGCUUCCUCAAGAGGAGAUCAUCCAAACACCAUAUUUGCCGGAACAGUUGGAGCUGCCGGCUGUUGACUCACAGAUCCUGCAGCACCUGGAGCUCUUGUUCGCGUUGUCGACCAGGCUACCGGAGUUCUUGGACGAGAUCUUCGCUGCAUACGGUGGAAUGGAUGUCUCUGUGCAAGAGACUAUCCAGCAGCUCAUCACUCCACUCAUCCGCGCGCUUGGGUCGACGCACGGGAAGCUCCUCACGUUGCUCCGAACUUUCCCUCCUGGGAGCGAGUCGCUUGCACUUCGCGUGCUUACCAUCUUCACCGAACAUGGCCGGCCGAGCGCGCAGCUCGUCGCAUUGGUCAAGAGCCUCGUCAAUGAGCGCGACCUCGACGCGCGGUUCCUCAUCCCUAUCAUUGCCGAGAUGGACAAGGCUGAUAUCCUGCGUCAUCUCCCGCGCAUUGUGUCCAUCCUCAACGGCACUCAGGAACCGAAGAAUCUUGUUCGAUCGGUGUUCAGCUCGAUCGUCACCACACCUCCGGAGACGUUCGGCAAGGUCACGUCCAACCUACCGCGCGUGCGGCAGAGUGAACUACUCACGCCCGCGGAGCUCAUGGUGCUCCUGCAUCAAUCCGAGAAGGAGAUCGGGCUAAAGAGUGCAAUCGAGGCUAUUGGCAUCUGCUUCUCUAUGACUGAGAUCUACCGUUCUGAGAUUCUUGCAGUCGUGAUGAACCAGCUCGUCGACGAACCGAACCUGCCUACGUUGUUCCUGCGUACAGUCAUUCAAGCCGUGACGACGUACCGCUCCCUGGUCGGCUUCGUCUCCACCACACUGCUUUCGCGUCUGAUCACCAAGAAGAUCUGGACGAACCCGCCGCUCUGGGAAGGCUUCAUCCGCCUCGCCAAGCUCAUCGCGCCCGCGAGUUUCGGCGCCCUCCUCCAAUUGCCCAAGGACCAGCUGCGCGAGCUCGUCGACAAGCAGCCGAGCCUCAAAGCGGGCCUGCGCGACUUCGUGCUGAAAAAGGGCACGAACAAGGCGCGCGUCGCCGGAUACCUCGACAUCUUCGGCGAGGAGGAUACCAGUGCCAUCGCGGCAAAGGAGGCGAGCCCCGCCUUAGCCCCUACUCCGGAGCCCCUUCCGGUCGACCCUCCGCAGGCGUCAUGAGGUGUAGAGGUGGAAGGGUGGUAGACAGUGUAUAUAGUAUCUCACACUUGGUGCGCACGCAUGCUCGCGUGCACUCCGCUUCGCGCACGAGCAUAUUUGGUACGGUUCUCUGACCCUGUAGUGUAUAUUAGCAGACCCGUGGGACGUCCGGCUCCCGCGCGCUCCUGUAGCAUGCCGUCGAACGCUCUUGCCUCCCUUCUUUUCUUGCAAUAGGUACAGUAGAUAGUACAGCAGCGAAAGCUCUUCCUCGCAUGUAAGCC